AUGAAGCCGCAUGAAGUUACAGAAGAUCAAAUCAAAUUAAGGGCAUUCCCUUUUUCUUUACAAGAUUCAGCCAAGGAAUGGUUAUAUGACUUACCACCGGGGUCAGUCACAACAUGGAAUGAACUUGCAAGGAUGUUUCUGGAUAAAUAUUUUCCAGAAAUGAGAGCUUCAGCUUUACGCAGAGAGAUAAUUGAAUAUCAGUUGUUGCAGUAUUUUUGUGAAGGAAUGUUAUCUUGGGAUAGGAGAUUACUCAAUGCAUCAAGUGGUGGAUCUAUAGAUGAUAAGACUCCAACAGAAAUCAGAGUUCUUAUCAAGAACAUGGCAGAAGAGUCCAAGCAUACAGUCCAAGAAGAAGAAUGGUACAGUGAUGCACCAAGAGGAGUGAAAGAAAUUUCUACCCCAAAAAUUGAAAGUCAAAUUUCUGAGUUGACUAAGGUAGUAAUGAUGCUUGCAAAGGACAAGGGCGUGCAACCACCAACAGUUAGACCUUGUGGUAUUUGUACACAAGUUGGACAUCCCACUGAUAUGUGCCCAAUGUUACAAGAAUAUGUAGAGCCAGUUCAAGCUACGGGAUUUUCAAGUCAACAACAAGGGAACUUCCAACCAAGAAGUAAUCCAAAUUGGCAUCAACCUAAUGCCAAUUUUCAGCCAAGACCACCAUCUUAUCAACCAAGACCCCCAUUUCAAAAUCAAAUGCAUCACCAACAAAGUUAUCAACCACAUUUCCAGCCAACUCAACCCCCUCAUCAAUCUCAAUUCCAACCUCAAAACAUGCAUCAAGGAAGUAGUACAAGCGGACCAGGAAUGUCUUUGGAAGAGAUUGUUAAGAGUUUAGCCACAAGUACUCAAACAUUUCAAAAUGAGACCAAGGAGAGCAUCAAGACUUUGGAGCAAAAAAUGACUCAACUCGCCACUUCUGUGAGUAAGUUGGAGUCACAAGGCAAACUACCCGCGCAAACCGAGAAGAAUCCAAAACAUAGUGCAUGUGCCAUCACGUUGAGGAAUGGCAAAGAAUAUGAAGGUCCUAAAAUGAUUGAAGAAGAAGAAGAGAUGGAGCUAGAGAAAGAAGAUGAAAAGUCAAAAACACCCUCAAAGCAAGUUCCUAUUGAAGCAAAAGUCACUCCUCCUCUAUUUCCUUCAAGAUUAAACAAGUCAAAGCGUGAAAGGGAAGACAAUGAAAUCAUGGAGAUGUUCAGGAAGGUUGAGGUAAAUAUUCCUCUUAUUGAUGCCAUCAAACAAGUCCCUCGGUAUGCUAAAUUCCUUAAGGAAUUAUGUACAUCCAAGAAAAAGUUGAAAUGGAAUGAAACUGUUAAAGUAGGAGAAAAUGUGUCUGCAGUGUUACAAAAAAGACUACCUCAAAAAUGUAAGGAUCCCGGUGUUUUCACGGUUCCUUGCAAAUUAGGUAACAUUCAUGUUCCACGAGCUAUGCUAGACCUUGGAGCUUCUAUCAAUGUUUUGCCAUAUUCCAUCUUUAAAACUUUAAAUAUUGGCACAUUGAAGAAGACCGGGGUAAUCAUUCAAUUGGCUGAUAGAUCUUUAGUACAUCCCAAAGGUGUGCUAGAAGAUAUGUUAGUCCAAGUGAAUGAACUAGUGUUUCCAGCAGAUUUUUAUGUCCUUGACAUGGAUGAUGAUGACUCACCAAAUUUGAGUUCAAUUCUCCUAGGAAGACCCUUUUUGAAAACAGCCAGGACGAAAAUUGAUGUUUAUGAUGGUACAUUGUCCAUGGAAUUUGAUGGGAGGUGA